ACGCCAACUUGUCACUUCCGGAAAGAAAAAAAGAAUGAAUUGGUAUAAUUUAAGAAUUUUCCCUGUUUUUCUUCUUUUCAUAAGCAAGGUUCUUACAGAAAUAGUUGAAUCAGAAACAGGAGAUGUGUUCAAAAUUGAAGGUCGGGUUGAAGUGGUUUCAACAACGGAAAAGGACUGGAUAGCAAAUACCCAAGUUGUGGUCGACGGAGGGGACUAUGUUGCUCAUUUGAGAGGUGACGGAAGUUUUGUGCUGAAUGGUCUCCCGUCAGGUACCUAUGUCGUAGAAGUUCUAAACCCUACAUAUCUCUUUGAAGCCACAAGAGUGGAUAUUACUUCCAAAGGAAAGAUGCGGGCAAGGAGAGUAAACUAUUUACAACCAUCUGUAGUCAAAACGAUGCAUUAUCCAUUGGAAUUUAGAGACAGAAGGAAGGCAAAUUAUUUCCAGAAGAGAGAGCAGUGGAAAAUAACAGAUUUUCUGAUGAAUCCAAUGGUAUUGACAAUGGUAUUACCGUUGGUGUUGAUAAUGAUUUUACCCAAAAUGAUGAAUGCUGCGGAUCCAGAAGCACAAAAGGAGAUGCAGUCUCAGAUGAAAGCUUUAAAUGAUAAGUCCAGUUUACCUGAUAUGUCGGAAAUGUUGGCUGGCUGGCUUGGGGGUGGGAGCUCAUCAAAAUCAGGUUCCAAACAGAAACAGAGAAGAUAGCAGUGCAAUAUUUUAUGUGUGUUUUUAAUGUGAAGUCCAUUCUGUGUAAUUGUGUUGUUUUUAUAUCAGUGUUCAAUUCCUUUUGAAUAAUAAGAGUGUGGUUUUGAUGGAGUUUUGGCUUGUGUUUGAAAAUUAGUUUUAGACCUUGAUAUAAUUGAUAUCAAGUCAAAUAGAAACAAAUAUUAUGAAUUCUAAUUCAGUGUUGUUUUAUGAACAUGAGAAAAAAAAGAUACAGGUCUAAUUUUUUUUAACAUUUAGACAUUUCAAUAAAAGAAUGUCCAUUCACCUUAAACAUUGUUUUCUGUAGGCUUUAAAAGUUAAGAUUUUGUUUCAUUUUUCAAUCUGUUGAUGAACUUGAUGUUACAUUUUAUAAAAUCUUUGAAUUAUUCCAAGUUUGAAUUAUAUUUUGAAUAUGAAAUUAUGAAGUUGAAGUUACUGCAAAAACAAAUUAUGUAAAGGAUGUUGGUUUAAACAUAUGUUAUUCAUCUAUAUACAGCUACAUGAAACAAAUAUUGUACACAACAAAAAUAAGUAGGAUUAAGCUGAAAGCAAAGGUUGUUGAAAAUGGAAAUAAAUGAUUUUGUAGCUUGGUCACACUGGCUCAGAAUUGUGUGGAGUCACUUUCAGUGCAAAAUUAAUUAAUUAGAUUUUUACCUGAUGUUAUAGAUAAAAUAGUCACGUUCUAAGAGUAAGCUAAGUUCAUGAAAUCUUAGCAAAUGGCUCAGUUGGCGGAUGGCAGUGCGAGCCAGUGUGUAGCCAAAGAAAUUGUUUCUGCAAAAUAAUAGAAUGAAAAUGAGUAAAGCUUUUUAAUAUUCACUUGCAUUUUUGUAUAUUAUGUCAUAUUGUGAUAUUUAAGCAGAGAGUCUUAUGUGAGAAUAUAUGCAUUUUUUGGAAGAUGAUAUUUACUUUGUCAAGCAAAUGCAGCAUGUAUGCAGACUCGGGUCAAAUUGUUUUGAGAUUGAUACAAGAUUCGCUAUAGCUUAUACAUCAAGCAAUUAACCUAGAGGAUCAUUGAGCAAGGUACCACUACAUUAAGAAGUUGUUUGGUUCAAACAAAGUGGGGUCAAAUGGCCUUUCAGAUGAUACCAGCAUGUAAUUCAAUUGUUGCUUUAAUAGUGACCAUUUUUCUGGCACUAAUUCUUUCCAAUUCUUUUGAUAUUUUUACUCACUUAUCAGAUGAUUGUAUAUAUUGUAAAAUGUAUUAUUAUUUUGUUUCCUUUGAAGUCAGAAGAACAUUUGAACAGUACUUGAUUAAGAUGAAAUUCAGUUCUAGGGUAAAGCUUUUAAAGUAUGUGCAAAGUUGUAAAUUGUAAUGUUUUUACUAUUUAGAUAAAUGAAGGAAUUUUUUAAUUACUUCAAUUUAUAAACUUAAUUGAAGUUAAAGAAGGUCUUUUUCUUGCUCAAUUUGCUAGUUUCCUGAUUUCAUUCGAUGGGAAGGUAGGGAAUAAGGUGAGUUCUUAAUAUUGAAUAAGAGUAGUUUCCCUUGCAUUGAUAGUCUGUAAGUUAUUUUUACAUCUGUUGAACAUGUUUUAAAUGUCACAGUGAAAAAAAAAAAGAAAAGAAAUUCAUAUAAUAAAAAAUAUUCCAAAAUUGUUA